CGAUAUUUCUUUAUUUAUAUGAGAUUGAGAGACAAUGGCCUUCACUUGUCAAUUAUCUUUCUCCACACAAAAACCCUCUCUGUGGUGAAAAUUGAGAAAAUCAUAAUGGUGAAAAAAGGAGGGACGAAGAGGAAGAUUGCGAUUGAGAUGAUACAGAAGAGUGAUUACCUUAGGGUUACUUGCACCAAACGCCGUGAAGGUCUCUUUAGCAAAGCCUCUCAGCUUUGUCUUCUCUCCGAUGCACAAAUCGCUAUCUUAGCGACUCCUCCUUCUUCUGAAUCCAACGUCUCCUUCUACUCUUUCGGUCACUCCUCCGUUGAUACCGUUGUCUCUUCUUUUCUCUCCGGACAACGUCCUGUUCCUGUUCAGGAGGAUACCAAAGAGACGAGGGAGGACGUUGGCAUCUGCUUGUCUCGUAAAAAUCUAGGGUUAGGGUUUUGGUGGAACAACGAGAGUCUCAACAAAUCGGAGAAUCCUCAAGAGAUUAGUGACGCUAUCGACUCCAUGUGGACGUUGUUGAGUAAUCUCAAGGAAUUGAGUGCGGAGGAAGCUUUGCUUAACGAUCACAAGGACUUGAAGAAGAAUGAGAAGAGCGAACACGGAACUCAAGAUCAAACCCUAAAUCUUAAGUCCAACACUUCUGCAAUUUGUUGCAUCCCUAAUGAAUUACCUGCAAAUUUCAACGAGAUUGUUGGAAUCUCACCAAAUUCUUUGAUUAUGCUAGAAAAUAAAAAAUCACAAAUUGAAGAAAGGUUUGAGAAGGAAUCUCAAGUUUGUGUUUCUGGAAUUGAAAAUGAAGCCACGAAUUCAUGUGCAACAAACGAAGAAGAAGAUUUAGCAAAUCAUGUGAGAAGCACGUGACCUGGAUUAGUUGAAUAAGGACAUUUACAAUUAUGCUUUUGUUAAAUUAGCAGUUUUAUUAGUCUUUUCU